AUGUCAGAUUAUAACGAAAAAUCUGAUGAAUGGGAAGACGGAAAAUUUGUUUUCCAGUUCGUCCAAAAUUUGGCACCGGGUACAUACGUACCUCGUAACAAAUUCUAUCAUCAGAUUCCAGUGACAGCAAGAAACAGAAGAGUUUUGUCUAAGGAUGGGGAAUCUAAUUUCUCAAAGCCAUUGUUACAUUGCCGGAAGGGAUUUUCCUACUCUUUCAUGACUAUAGUCGAAGCCAAAUGGAGAUGGACCUUAUUCUACUUAUUUCUGGCCUUCUGCGCAGAUUGGUUAUUUUUUGGUAUAAUUUACUGGUUCAUCGCACUUGUCCAUGGAGACUUAUCUGAGGAUCAUCUGCCUCAAUACCAAAACGCAACCGGUUGGGUGCCUUGUAUCAAAAAUGUCUACGGGUUUACGUCUACAUUUCUCUUUAGUAUUGAGGUUCACACAACCGUUGCGUACAGUCAAAGGGCGAUUACCCCCAACUGCCCAGUAACCAUACUAGCUAUGUGUCUUCAAUGUAUAGUCAGUUCUAUCUUUCAAGCUUUCAUGAUCGGGAUAUUGUUUGCAAAAAUAACACGACCCAACGCUAGGGUUGAUACUAUAUUAUUCAGCAAACGGGCCGUUAUUUCUCUUAGAGACGAGAAAUUGUGUUUAAUUUUAAGGGUUGGCAAUGUGCGGAAAUUUAAGAUACAAAAUGUUAAAGCUACAGUUAUUCUAUUGAAGUUUAUUAAUAAGAACAAUAACAUGUAUUUUGUAGAGCAAAAGGAAUUAGGUGUUACAAUGGAUGGAUAUGAAUCGACAUUUUCUUUGUGGCCAAUAUCUGUUGUUCAUAUUAUCGAUGAAAAAAGUCCACUUUACGACAUAUCAGCUGCGGAUUUACUAUGUGGACAUUUCGAAAUUUUGGCUAUAUUCGAAGGUAUUAAUGGAAUCACCGGUCAAGCAGUCCAAGCAAGAACUAGCUACACAGAAAACGAUUUGCUUUGGGGUCAUCGUUUCGUUCCCAUGAUAAACGAUAUAAACAAGAUAGCAUAUGAUUUAUCUAAACUCAGCGCAACGCAUGAAGUAGAUACCCCACUGUGCUCGGCUAAUGAAUAUGAUGUUUUAAUGACGUUAGUUGACUUUGAAGACAAAAUAUCUGAUAAGAAAUAG